UAUACAAUAUUGAUAAUCAUAAUUGUGAAUUGUAGAAAGUGUCUAUUGAUUAGAAUAUUAAACCCCCUCCCUUUUCCCGGACGGCAGGGUUGGGUUUAGCUCCGGUCUGUGGAGUAGUAGGACGAGAAAGCAUGGUUUAUGUCCUACCUGGAUACUGGUACUUUCCCUGCAUUUUAAUCAAUCCUACUCCGGUCCCUUGCCUUCAUACUUCAAGAUUUAUAAAAACUGACGGAGUGAGAAGCAAAGUUUAAAGAAAAAUGGGACUUCUAUCAAUUCUGAGAAAGCUGAAGAGUUCUCCUGAUAGAGAACUUCGAAUCCUACUGCUAGGAUUAGAUAAUGCGGGAAAAACAACGAUUCUGAAAACCCUGGCGAGUGAAGAUAUCUCCACUAUUACUCCGACCCAAGGGUUCAACAUUAAAUCUGUUCAAACCGAGGGGUUCAAGCUCAACGUCUGGGAUAUUGGUGGACAAAGGAAGAUUAGACCCUACUGGAGAAACUACUUUGACAAUACCGAUGUUCUGAUCUACGUCAUAGAUUCAGCAGAUCAGAAGAGAUUCGAGGAAACAGGACAGGAAUUACAGGAACUUCUGUUUGAGGAGAAACUAGUCAAUGUUCCUAUUAUGGUCUACGCAAACAAACAGGAUUUAGUAGGAUCUGCCACGGCCAGUCAGAUUGCAGAAGGUCUUUCAUUGCAUACAAUAAAGGAUAGAUCUUGGCAGAUACAGGCCUGCUCUGCAACUACUGGGGAGGGUGUCCGAGACGGGAUGGAAUGGGUUGUCAAGAAUCUCAGGAAAUAGGAGUUGCAAAAAUGAAGAGCAAUAAUUAACACUGAAGUAAAAAAAAAUCAGAGCUGAUAACUUCUGUGUUGGAUAAUCAUCUCAAUUGUUUGAUCUCAUUAUCCAAUAUGAACACUUUUAUUUUGAGGGUUGAUGCUAGCUCUUUUUUUCUUCUGAUUGGGUACGAUUACCAUGCGGUUUAUCUAAUAUAGAAUAUAUUAAUCUGCAGAUUAACAAAG